GGUCUCGGCUCUCAGUUUGCUUUCAGCAUGCGUGCACUUCACUACCUUUUGCUGCUGCUCAUCGUGUUCACAGGGCUCGUGGCGGCGGCUCCCGCUCCGCGCCAGAGGCGUCAGAUCGACUUGACGUUGUCGGCGGAUCAUGACGACAAGGAUGCCGAGACGGAGCUGGCCUUGGAGGCGAUAGCCGGACUCUGGAGCAGUGCCGACAGCCGCACCAAGGUCGAUGGAUCCGCACGGGUUGUACAUCGUCACAAUGCAAUGCAAUCUGGUUCGGAGCAAGAUUGGCGUUUGGGUGUGCGUGUCGUCUUCACUUAGGCUGCCCAGACGGCGCAAGCCACCUUAUGGAAUGACCAGUUGGCGUGCUCUCCCUCCGUUCAAUGGACCAUCAACUGAACUGUUCGUGGAAGACUGCUGAUAACUCUUUGACCUUCCACAAUGCUACCCCGGCUCCGCUUUGGCUCUGUUGUACGCGUAGACUUGUAAAUAGAACGUUCGUGUGAAUACAAAACCAAAAGCUGUUUGCUUUA